UAUUUCUCUAAAGGUCUAUUAGUUGCCGAGUUAGUAUCAAGAUAAGCAGAGAAACGUAUCACAGUAGAAUAAAAUUAUGGAUAGCAAUUGUGCACAGACAAUCUUGAUAAACACCUCUAAUGUCUUGCUUCUUCUCGUAGAGAUAUUAUUGCUUUUUUUGAAAAUUCUAUAUUAUAUCGGUGAAAGUGUAUUCAGAUUGAUUGUUCCAACGAAGAAAAAGAGUUUGACUGAUGAAAUCGUUUUGGUAACAGGUGCAGGCCAAGGUAUCGGAAAGGAAUUAGCGAUUGGCUAUGCAUCGUUAGGAGCAACAGUGGUAUGUUGGGACCAAAAUGAAGAAAUCAAUAAGAAAACGAUGAAUGAUAUUAAAAAAAUGGGAAAAAACUCUGUAUACGCAUAUCAAUGCGAUGUAUCGGAUAGGAAAGAAGUCUUUAGAGUAGCAGAGAAAGUAAAAAAGGAAGUGGGUGAUGUUACCAUCUUGAUCAAUAAUGCCGGUAUAGUAUACGUUAAGUCGUUCCUCAAUCACAGCCUUGAUGAAAUAAAGCGAGUAAUAGACGUCAAUGUGAUGGCGCAUUUUUGGACGUUGAAAGCAUUCUUACCAAGCAUGAUCGAAAAGAAUCAUGGUCAUAUCGUGGCGCUCUCAUCAAUCGCAGGACUCAUUGGUGCUCCUUAUGGAUCAGUUUACUGUCCUUCCAAAUUUGCCGUUAAAGCACUUAUGGAAGCUACCUUUGAGGAAUUACGUGUGUUAAGCAAUGGAAAAUCUUCCAUUAAAUUCACUACCGUUUAUCCAACUUUAGUGCUUACUGGUCUUCUUAAAAAACCAAAAAUUAGAUUUCCAUUGAUUAUGGGUGGAUUUUCAGCGUGCGAAGCGGCUGCAUUGAUAAUUGAUGCACAAAGACGAAAUUACGCAAAUAAAAGCAUACCUUCACGUUGGCUGCCCUUAUGUCAGAUGCUAAGACUUUUACCCGACAAGGCACUGAUGUGCAUAAGAGACUUCAUCGAUUCGGGCGCCUAUCCAGACGACUAAAAAAUAUGUAUUAGAUACAAGAAAAAGCAGCGAAAUAUAUAUAAACAUAAAGAUUAAAGUAUAAGGUAUAAGGUAUAAGAUAUAAUAGUCCUUUAAUUAGAAAUUAAAAAUAAAAAUGACAAUAAGGGCGUUAGAAGUCAAGCGCAAUAAAUGAGGCGCAAAUGAUUAUCCGUUGAAUUCUAUCUGUAUUUUGGUUUUUCUUACAUCCAGACGUUUCGAUCCACUUUCGGAUCAUCUUUAGUAGAUAAAUAUAUCCAUAAUAAAAAUGG